GCGGCAGACUCUCUCUGCAGCUCCCACAACCGUCUCACUUUUCAUGUAGUCCACCAGACUGAGCACUCUUGAACUCGCUACUUCGCCUUUUACUGCACGGUUUAGCCAGUGAUUUCACGGUUACUGAUCGUUUCACGUGAACUCCCAUUUUUCACAUCAUUUCGCUUCUCUGGCCACUUUCCUCAAUUAUGCUGCAGGCAGUCGGUGGGCUACUUCUCUAGUUUACUUUUUAAACUAGAAGUGUUUUAAUGAGAUGCAAAUUGCCUUGCGGUUGACUUAGAUGUUGCGCUUUGCUACUUUUACAGAAGUUUCUUCAGUUUCAGUAUAACAUUUUCCCCUGCCGCAUCCUGGCGCGAGGUUGCGUGCAGCGCGCGACGGAUUCAAUGGAUUAAUUUUCACAUCUUCACAUCAGUUCUCACACAACUGCCUUCUACUCUUGUUUGUUUGAAGGCUUCUCUCUGAUUGUUUUUUUAAAAUGAGCAAAAUAAACACCGAGGAGGACAGUAAACAAGAAAACGGGGAUCUCAGCAGCAAGGACUCGGACCGUCAGCUUCGCCUGAGACUGUGCGUUUUAAACGAGAUAUUGAACACUGAACGGGAUUACGUGAGAAACUUGGCAUUUCUGCAGUCGGCUUUUCUCCAGAGAAUAAGGCAGACUGCAGAAAACCAACAAUGUCUCACUCCAGAGCAGGUCAAGAUCUUGUUUUCCAACAUCGAGUCAAUUUUGGAAGUCCAUUGCGAGUUUCUUUCGACUCUGGAUGCCAGUUUGCAGCCUGAACCCCAGGCGCAUCAUUCUCUCGGACAUGUGUUCCUCAAGUUUAGGGACCGUUUCUCUGUGUAUGGCGAGUACUGUAGUAACCAUGAGAAAGCUCUCAGACUACUGAUGGAGCUUAACAAGAUCCCUCAUGUACGGACUUUCCUGCUGCACCUCAUGUUGUUAGGUGGAAAGAAGAGCACAGAUGUUCCUCUUGAGGGGUAUCUCCUCUCACCCAUCCAGAGGAUCUGUAAAUACCCUUUGCUUCUGAAGGAACUUUUGAAGAGGACCUCUAAGAAGCAUUCAGAUUACCCCGCGGUAGAGAAGGCUCUGCAGGCCAUGAAAGCCGUGUGCUGCAACAUCAACGAGACCAAGCGACAGAUGGAGAAACUAGAGGCUCUUGAGAUAUUACAGUCACACAUAGAGGGCUGGGAGGGGACGAACUUGACUGAUAUUUGCACCGAACUGUUGCUCCAAGGCAACCUUUUGAAGAUAUCAGCUGGAAACAUCCAGGAACGGGUCUUCUUCCUGUUUGACAACCUCCUAGUCUACUGCAAGAGGAAGUCCCGAGUGUCUGGGAAGAAAUCCACCAAAAGGACAAAAUCCAUCAACGGGCCGCAGUACGUGUUCAGAGGCCGCAUCAACACUGAGGUCAUGGAGGUCGAGAAUGUGGAAGACGGAACUGCGGACUAUCACAGCAACAACUACACGGUGACCAGUGGCUGGAAGAUUCACAACACGGCCAAAAACAAGUGGUUUGUGUGCAUGGCCAAGAAUGCUGAGGACAAGCAGAAAUGGCUAGACGCCAUUUUAAAGGAACGUGAACAGAGAGAGAGUUUGAAGCUUGGGAUGGAGCGUGAUGCUUACGUCAUGAUCGCAGAGAAGGGAGAAAAGCUCUACCAUAUGAUGAUGACCAAGAGCCGCCACCUCAUCAAAGACCGUCGCAGGAAACUUACCACUGUACCCAAAUGCUUCUUGGGAAAUGAGUUUGUCUCAUGGCUCUUGGAGAGUGGAGAGAUCAGUAAGGCUGAGGAGGGAAUCAACCUGGGUCAAGCUCUCCUGGAGAAUGGCAUCAUCCAUCAUGUGUCAGAUAAGCACCAGUUCAAGAAUGAGCAGGUGUUGUAUCGCUUUCGGUAUGAUGAUGGCACUUAUAAAGCCAGGAGUGAAAUGGAGGACAUCAUCUCAAAGGGAGUGAGGCUUUAUUGUCGUCUCCACAGCCUCUUCACACCUGUUAUCAAAGACAGAGAUCAUCAUUUGAAAACCUUCAAAUCUGUCAUACCAGCUAGCAAACUGGUGGAAUGGCUUGUGUCACAGGGUGACAGCACAACCCGUGAAGAUGCAGUGACCCUUGGUGUCGGACUCUGCAAUGCUGGUUUCAUGCACCACGUCCUGGAGAAAAGCGAAUUUAAGGAUGAGUCACAGUUUUUCCGCUUCUAUGCCGAUGAGGAGACCGAGGGUACGAGCUCCAAGAGUAAACAGCUUCGCAGUGACUUCAAACUCAUCGAGAACAUCCUUGCCAAAUCCUUAGUGAUCCAUCCUGAAGAGGAGGACUAUGGGUUUGAGAUCGAAGAGAAGAACAAGGCCAUCAUAGUGAAGAGUGUGACCAGGGGCUCAUAUGCAGAGAUGGCAGGCCUUCAGCCGGGUAGAAAGAUCUACUCCAUUAAUGAGGACCUGGUGUUCCUGAGGGCCUUUUCUGAGGUGGAGACCAUGAUCAACCAGUCCUUCUGUAUACGCCGCUCUCUCAGACUGCUGGUGGCCACCAAGAACAAAGAGAUUGUGAAGAUCCCAGAUGUUCACGGCACUCUUCCUUUUGUUCUCUGCGGUUCUUGUCCACCUUAUGUUCAUGCAGUGAAGAAAGGCUCUGAGGCAGCAGCAGCGGGUCUUCAGCCUGGUCAGUGUGUGCUCAAAGUCAAUGGCAACAACAUGAACCAAAGCAGCUACCAGGAAGUCCUGGAGCACUUUAGUGGCCAUCAGCCUGUCCUGGAGCAGCAAGACACUUGGGCGUACCGUGUGUAUGAGGAUGUGGAAGAGCAGAUGUCUUUCAGGGGGUGUGAGAAUGGCUCAGAUUCAGAGGAUGGCUGCACUAAUGGAACAGGCUCUGUAAGAAGGCUGGAACAGUUGUCCAUCACUGACGAUGUUCCUUCAGUCAGUCUGAAUGUGGAUAAUGUUCAUGUGGAACAUGGGGUUGUGUACGAGUACGUCAGCACAGCAGGAAUCAAACACUGUGUGCUGGAGAAGAUGGUGGAACCCAAGGGCUGCUUCAUCCUUGCUGCAAAGAUACUGGAGGCCUUUGUGAAGGACGACAGUCUGUUUGUAAAGAACUGCCAGCAGCUAAUGGCUCAGAAUGAGAAGGUGGUGACCAUGCCACAGUUUGAGUUUCGAAACAUCUGUGACACCAAGCUGGAGAGCAUAGAAAAACGCAUUUGCAGCUACAAACAGUUUGUGGAGGAAUUGCAGACAAAGGCCUGGCCCAUGUUUAAGCAGGCGAGCACUAAACCUCAUGUUCUGGGCUGCAUGGACUUCGUCCCCACCAACUGUCAUCUGAACCUGAUGCAGGUGUCCUGCCCGAAGAACACCUCCUCAGCAGGCCGAGCCUUCAGCAUCCGCUUCGGACGCAAGAACUCCUUCUUUGGGCUUGAUCCUGAUCAAGCCAAUGUGAAUCCCAUGUCCCAGGCUGUGCAUUGCGUAACCAGCAUGGCGGCCCCCUCCUGGAGUUGCUUGAGUUUAGAUGAAGAGACGGAGGAGGGUGAAGGGAGCACAGAGGACGGCAGGAAGCAUGAAGAAGGAGGUCUCAGCUUCCUCCUCAAACAGGAAGACAUGGAGAGCCAGGACAAUUACAUCUGCCUCUAUAACCGCCUGGACAUAUCAGUGCGAGAGAUGAAGCAAUACGUGGCCCAGAUAGAUGUACUUCUGUCAUCGAUAACUGGACCGACCCAGCCGCAGGGCUCAGAGCCACCCUUGUUUGAGAGUGCCCCCUCAACCUCACCCAUACAGGAGGAGACGGACCAAGACAAGACGGAGCAUGGCGGGAACAAGAGAGUGUGCUUCAAAGUCAACGAAGAUGAUCAGGAGGACUCUGGACACGACACCAUGAGCUACAGAGACUCCUACAGUGAAUGUAACAGUAACCGGGACUCAGUGCUGUCAUACACCAGCGUCCGGAGCAACAGUUCAUACCUGGGCAGUGAUGAGAUGGGCUCAGGAGAUGAGUUGCCAUGUGAUAUGCAGAUCCCUUUAGACAAGCAGGAUAAACUUCAUGGAUGUCUGGAACACCUUUUCAAUCAGGUUGACUCUAUCAACAGUCUCCUUAAGGGCCCUAUCAUGAGCAAAGCUUGCGAGGAAACCAAGCAUUUCCACACUGACCACAGUCAGCCAGAGUUUCGGCACACAGAUGACUGGACUGCACGUUGGCGGUAUGUCUUGCACAAGAACAUCCAGGAGGACCCUUGGAACCUGCCCAUUUCAAUCAAAUCUUUAAUUAACAGCCUUCAUCGCUUCGUAGAGGAUGGAAGGAGUCAACUCUUGUUGGCAUUGCUUAAAUGCACUGACACAGAACUCCAGUUGCGGCGGGAUGUCAUAUUCUGCCAGUCUUUGGUGGGGGCGCUGUGUGCAUUAGCGGAGCAGCUUGUGAAUGCGCUGAACCUGCGUUUCAACAAUAACGGAGAGUAUGAGGAGGACAGUAAAGAGGUCAGCCGUAAAUGGCUGGAGCAGAUCGCCACCAUCGGAGUGCUCUUUAACUUCCAGUCAGCACUCUCUCCACAUGUGAGAGAAGAGCGAAUCAUGCUUGAAGAUACAAAAGCAGCACUGCAGGAUCUGGAGAAAGUCACUGUGCUGUUCCGCCCACUGGAGAACGAGUGCCUCGUCCCAAACACAUCUGUGCAUUACCAGGUGGAAGGCAGUCGGCAGACCAUCAGGGUGACAAUGUUCUUGGACAGCUGUCAUUUCAGUGAGCUGCCAACAAGACUGCAGAACGGAGGCUCUUUGAAGCUUCAAUCAGUCCUCUUCACUAGAGGACUGGAGAAGCCAGAGGGUGUGUUGUCUCAGGAUUUUGUUGCCAUGGAAGAGUUUCAGCAGUGUACAAAUGCUCUGUCACUGGAGAAGGUCAAAGGUUAUUACCGCAAGCUCAGGGCUUUUUAUCUAGAGAAAUCAAAUUCAGACUCAAAUUCCACUGCAAUGAAAAUAGACCAGGUUACUGCUACACUGAGGUGUACUCUGACUGUGUCAUUGGAGCAGGCCAUUACUCUAGCCAGAAACCACGGCCUCAUGCCCCGUUGCCUAAUGCAGACCAUGGACAUCAUGCGUAAGCAGAAAAUACCUCCUGCCAAAUUGGCCACUGCAGACUAG